UUCUUUUCCUGUUUCUGCGUCGUCUUCUCCGGAGAAAUCAAACAUUCGGCGGCUACGAAAUAUCUCUCUCUCUCUGCUUCUGAGUUUCUCUCUCUCCCUCUGUUAAUUGUUGUGGAUAUUGAGCUCGGUUCCUCGACAAUGGCGGUUUCUCUGAGAAAACUCGUUCCUUCCUUCCAAAUAAUUGAGAGAUGAAUCGAAGUUUUAGGGCACAAGAGUCGUCGUCGUCUCUAUUGCUGGAUUCAGCAGAGAGGCAGAGACAACAGCUUAGGGCUUCUAUGAUGGCUGAUAAAGAUGAGGAGCUUUCUUUGUUUCUUGAGAUGAGACGGCGUGAGAAAGAGCAGGAUAAUAGUCUCCUUCUCAACAACAACCCUCGUGAGUUCGACACUCCGUUAGGUUCAAAGCCUGGAACUUCACCGGUGUUUAACCUCUCAAGUGGUGGUGGUCCGGCAGGAAGGAAGACUGGUCCUCCUGAUGAUUUUCUCAAUUCUGAAGGGGAUAAGAAUGACUAUGAAUGGCUUCUGACCCCUCCAGGUACUCCUCUAUUCCCUUCUCUGGAGAUGGAAUCACAUAGGACUAUGAUGAGUCAGAGUGGUGAUUCAAAGGGCCGCCCAGCUACAUUGUCUUCUAGGCUGGCGAAUUCCUCAUCAGAGCCUGCUGCAAGGAACCAUCUAACAUCUAGACAACCAACCUCAUCGCCUGGAUUAAGCUCUUCUAGUGGAGCAACUCGGAGACCUUCAUCAGCUAUUUGCAGCAUAUGCUGCAGUCACAUGCAGUCCUUCUACAUCAUCAGUUCCAUCUUCAGUCAGGUCCACAACAUCAAACCCUGCAUAAAUUACAGUAGCAAUUCAUCAAACUUUUUUUUCACACAAAAUACUCACUGUUCAGAGUUGAUAUUCGUGCAAGAGUCUGAUGAUUAACUUUUGCAUAGAGAUUCCCAUUAUUGAGAAAGAAAAAUAGAAGGAUUCUUUUGUAUAGUUGUGGAGCCAAAUCAACGAUGUGUUGGCUAAUACUCUCGAACGCAAGCUAAGAGGAGCUUUAAACAAUGCAAAAGUUCGAUCUACCAUCUCUCAACUUCUUUAUGGAUACGUUGUUGAAGAGAAGGCAUUCUUUUCUUUUUGAUUCAUUCAGUAGAUUAAUGUUUGACAUAGUUUUAAUAUAUUCAAUAAACAUUAGUCUGUGGUAAUAUAUUGUAAACUACCAACAACUAGUUGGUAAACUUGUUGGUAAUAUGUCGUAUGUAUAUAGUAUAUCCUGCAGCUUCUUGUCCAG